CAGCGCUCUCUGCACUACAAUGACACUUCACUUGCGUAUGCACUAAGGAUUUCCGUCUCUGCAGUGAUUUGUCGCGCCCUGAGGGGACCGUUAUAUUUACCCAAAAAGUUUUAUACCAAAGUUUCAGUCACAUUUAUUUUUCCAAGAUGCCACGAUCGUUUCUUGUCAAGAAACAUAUUAACUCCUCUAAGAAGCCAAAUUAUAGCGAGCUGGAAAGCCCUACAGUAUUUAUUUCACCCUAUCUCUACAAAGGCCUUCCAUUGCCAGUCAUUCCUCAACCGGAGAUCCUUAGCUCGGUCGCAUACAACCCUAUCACAGUAUGGACUACAAGCAGUUUUCCGUUAUCUCCGCUUCCAAGUGACCUCUCUCCCAUCUCUGGAUACCCCUCGUCGCUCUCUGACACCUCAUCCAAAGACCACAGCGGCUCCGAGAGCCCCAGGAGCGAUGAAGACGACCGGAUGCUUACCAAACUUACAGAUCCUCAUGGAGUGGAGGCAGAGAAAUUCCAAUGUAGUUUGUGUAACAAAUCCUAUUCCACGUAUUCUGGACUGCUAAAGCAUAAGCAACUGCACUGCGACGCUCAGACGAGGAAAUCUUUCAGUUGUAAAUAUUGCGAAAAGGAGUACAUCAGUCUUGGAGCCCUAAAAAUGCACAUUAGAACUCACACUUUGCCUUGUGUCUGUAAAAUAUGUGGCAAAGCUUUCUCAAGACCGUGGUUGCUUCAGGGACACAUCAGAACGCACACUGGAGAAAAGCCCUUCUCCUGCCCCCAUUGCAGUAGGGCUUUUGCGGACAGGUCCAACCUCAGGGCUCACCUACAAACCCAUUCGGAUGUGAAAAAAUACCAAUGCAAGAACUGUUCCAAAACCUUCUCCAGAAUGUCUCUUCUGCACAAGCAUGAGGAAUCUGGUUGUUGUGUAGUACAUUGAGACUGCUGGGCUGGGAUACAGUGCCCACCACCAGAGGCCUCUGGUACUUUCCAGUCCUCAAGAACUGUUCAGGGGAUAUUGCAUUCUGAGGCUUUGUAACAAAAUAUGCAAGACACUCUUUUACUGACUGACCAACAAUCCAUUUCAUUUCAGCGUAAAAACAAAUGCUCUGUCUGUCAUGUGCUUUUCAUUUUAAGCAGUAUCUUUCUGCCAUUGCAACCUGUGUUGAACUUUAUGUUUGUUAUACCAUGUACCUUACAGUCAUUGCUUUUCAUGUACCUUUGGGAAGUGGAGAGAUUUGAAAUAAUGUGCCUUCUCAAACAUUUUGAUGUUCUGACCAAUCUCUCUCAGAGGAUAUAUUUCCGGUUAUGUCAUAAUAUUUUUCUUUUUUCUAAGAAACCACAUAGGUAUUCCACAUGGUGUAUGGUAACAAACGAUAGAGACGGACUGUGCACAGUCAAUGGAAUAUUUAAAGCCAUCAUAACUUAAGGAACAAGUGGAAAGACAAUUUUUAGGGUGACAGUAUUACAACUCAAUCACACAGUAACUGUUUUGCCAGCAGAUAACAAUACUUUUACCAAGUGCCUCACUUGGACUUGGCAAUUAACUAUUUUUCUAAAACAAUUGUUUUCAUUUAUAUUUUUAUAUAUUUGAAUGUAAGUGUGACUGAGAUGAUUGUAUUUUUGACAGUGUGAAUUGUGAUACUGAAUAAAUGAUUUUAAUAUUUUUGAGAUGCUUUUAAAAUAAAGAUUCAUAAAAUGUUUGUAAAA